AUGGCGGCAGAAGGAGGAGGAGGAGGAGGAGGAGCCCAACCUUUGAUCAACAAGGAAGAAGGAUUAUUUGGCGAGUCCAAUAAGAAACUAAUUAUUCUCCCACAAAAUAAUAAUAAUAAUAAUAAUAGUAGCAGAUCAGGAUCAGGAGGAGGCAUUAUUAGCAUUGCCGAGAGAAGGGCUGCCAAAUGUGGUUUCAAUGCUUCCAACAUUAACUCUGAUCCCUCCCCAGUCCCCCCACAUCCCCGCUCUCCGUUUUUCACUAUGCCGUCCGGAAUCAGCCCUUCUGCUUUGCUCGAUUCUCCCGUCAUGCUCCCCAAUGCUCAGGCCCAACUAUCUCCAACUACUGGAGCAUUCCAGUUUCCUUCUCCUAAUCAUGAUCAGAGCUUCAAGCUCAAACUCCAAAUUGCUACCAAUGGCGAUGAAACCAUUGCAAUCGAUCACUCUUCUUCCAAACUCCAUCCGGCAUUAUUUGAUGAAGCGGAAUACUCGAGGGGGGAUGUGCAAGAAAUGAGCAAAAGGGAAUGUUUGGAGAACAAGGUUGCCAAAACUCAAGUGUUAGGACACAAAUCGAAUUCGUGCGUCAGGGAGGCGGCCGUGGCAAAGUAUUCAGAAGAUGGUUUCUUUUGGAGGAAAUAUGGUCAGAAACAUGUCAAAGGUAGUGAAUUUCCUAGAAGCUAUUACAGAUGUACCGAUACAAACUGCGACGUCAAGAAAAAGGUCGAGUGCUCACAGGAUGGACAGAUCACUGAAAUCGUUUACAAGGGUUCUCACAAUCACCCCAAACCACACAACUCAUCAUCCGGUGCGCCUGAUCAAGGCGAUGCCUUCAUCCCCGAUGAUAAUGGUGGGCCUCUGUCGUUUCACAAUGAUUUUAAGGAUCCUCAACCAAGAUUAAUGGUGAGCAUGUUAGACGAGGCCUUUGAGCCAUCUAUAUUAUGCAUUCAAGAUGGUGGUGGUGAUGAUGCUAAUCAAAAUGGGGCCAGCCCAGACAGCAUAUCCCUCAAUGAUGAAGAUGAUGAUCAAAAUGCUGAAUGUGAUCAGCCCAAGAAAAGGAAAAGAGAGAGUGUCGUCCCGAAUGAAACCGUUGUUCCAAGGUCUACACGGGAACCAAAAGUAGUUGUCCAAAUAGAGAGUGAUAUCGAUAUUCUUGAUGAUGGAUACAAGUGGAGAAAGUACGGACAAAAGGUUGUCAAAGGAAAUCCAAACCCAAGGAGCUAUUAUAAGUGCACAACUCCAAACUGUUCAGUGAGAAAGCACGUGGAAAGAGCUGCUGAGGAUAUAAAAUCAGUAAUUACAACGUACGAGGGGAAACAUAACCAUCACGUGCCUUGCACUACCAAAACAACCAACCAUCCAAACUCCGAUGCUGCUGCUGCUAUUAAUAAUAAUAAUAAUGAUGCCCCAAUCCCAAAAUCAGGAAAUAAAGUACAUCUCCCAUCAUUGUUCAAUAUGGAAGCAAAGGCGAACUUGAAUAAUUACGGCAAUGAAAUGAUGAAUCCCAAUCUGCCACCCCCUGCGCAUGGAACUUCUUCUUCUUCCGUUUAUCAGCCUGCAGUUUCGUUACAUCCAUACCAUUCAAUGCAUUACAGCUCUUAUAUGAGGAACAGUAAUUACGGCAUUAAUUACAGCUCUAAGUUGUGUCCAACUUAUCCGGAUUAUAUGCAACUGCACUACUCCCAAAUGAACAAUAUUAAUCAUAUUUCAGCACCUGGUACUAAUCAUCAUCAUCAUCAUCAUCAUCAUCACCAGCAGCAGCAGCAGCAUGUGCCUCUUGCUGCUACUAAUUACUAUCACAACAAUAACUAUCCAACAACGCAAACUCCGACUCGAGGGCAAGAACAAAGCAGAGAUAAUUUCCAAUCCAACACUAUGAAGCCCAAAGAGGAGCCAAACGGAUAA